AAAGAUGGCGGCGGCUCAAGUUGUGGGUACCUUGCCGAGCGGGCCGGCGCAAGAGGCGCAGCGGGAGCCACCCCUCGAGCAGGGCCGUGGAUUCCGCUGCUUGUCAGCCAGGCUCUGCGCCCUGCGCCCGGAUGACAGCAGCUCCAGCCGCACCGAGAUACACCUGCUCUUCGACCAGCUCAUCUCCGAGAACUACAGCGAGGGCAGCGGCGUGGCCCCGGAGGACGUCAGUACUCUUCUUGUCCAAGCUUGCCAGCUGGUGCCUCUUAAUCAGAAUCAUCUUGUCAGCAAAUUGUCUCAGCUUAUCCACCAUUUACUUAAUACACUACAGGUGAUUGUUGAUGAACAGAACCUGGAUUUCCUGUUGGCAUAUACUAUUUCUGCUAUUCAGCAGUGCAGUUCCUGGACACACAUGCAGAUUCUCCAAGCCUUGGCAGCCCUGGUUUACUGCAAUGGCUCAAAGUGUCAAAAGUACCUCCCAGACUUGCUUGGCAAGAGCGGACUCUUGAUGAAGCUGAGUGACUUGGCUCAGUCGGACCCUGAAGUUAGGAGAGCUGCAGUGCAUUGUAUGGCAAACUUAUGUCUCAGUGUGCCAGGACAGCCGUACUUGGAGGAGCCCUACCAAAAUAUCUGCUUCCAAGCUUUCUUGACCACUUUACAGUCUCCAAAAUCAUCUGAUAUGGAUGAUAUCACGUUUUGCAUGUUGUUACAAAAUGCAUUAAAAGGUAUACAGUCUCUUCUAAAUGGUGGGAAGAUGAAACUGACACAGACUGAUGAACUUGGAGCUCUUCUGGCUGUGCUAAAGAAAACCAUGUUCCAUGGACUCCCUGGACUAAACAUAGAGAUGCCCACGGUGUUGUACCCCACUCCACUUCCUCAGUAUGAUGGACGACCACCCAUCAAACUGCAGCAGACAGAAUCCAGCACUUCUCGACCAGCUGUGAAUAAAAGGAAAAAAUCAAAAGUAAAAGCGAAGAAAAUCCAGCAAGGAGAGGAGGAGGAGGAAGAAUCCAGUGGUGAAAGAGAAGUAGCCCCAGUCACUGGCUCAGGCAGACUGAACCCGCAUAGAGGGGACACUCAGUGCCCCUCCUCCCUGGGUGUUCCGCGUUUGCCAUUAGCUGCAAGUGGAGCUGCAGGAGAAGACCAAGUCUCCUCAUCCUUCAGUUCUUGCAGUUGGAAGAGAGUCAGCAGUAGUGAGUCAGACUAUUCCGAUGCUGAAGGAGGCGUGCAGAGUAAAGUGAGGUCUUACCAAGCCAAAGUUCGCCAAGGAGCGUUAGCCUGUUUUCUUUCUACUAUAAAAUCAAUAGAAAAAAAAGUUCUUUACGGCUACUGGUCAGCCUUUGUUCCUGAUACACCUGAGCUUGGAAGCCCACAGUCUGUGUCCUUGAUGACUCUUACGUUAAAAGAUCCUUCUCCAAAGACGCGUGCCUGUGCUCUGCAAGUUUUAUCUGCCAUCUUGGAAGGCUCAAAGCAGUUUCUUUCUGUUGCUGAAGAUACCAGUGACCACAGAAGGGCUUUCACUCCCUUUUCUGUAAUGAUCGCUUCUAGCAUUAAAGAGUUGCACAGAUGUCUUUUGUUAGCUUUGGUGGCUGAAUCAUCCUCACAGACCCUUACUCAGAUAAUUAAGUGCCUUGCAAACUUAGUAUCAAAUUCACCUUAUAACCGUCUGAAACUCAGCCUGCUGACCAAAGUCUGGAACCAGAUAAAGCCUUAUAUCCGCCACAAAGAUGUUAAUGUUCGUGUGUCCAGUCUCACACUAUUGGGGGCCAUAGUGUCCACUCACGCACCUCUACCUGAAGUCCAGCUACUUUUACAACAGCCCUGUUCUUCUGGACUCAGCAAUAGCAAUGCAGCCACUCCUCACGUCAGUCCUCCUGCUUGGUGGAAGAAAGCCCCUUCAGGACCCUUUCUGGAAGAGGCCGCACUUAGCUCACCAAAGGCGUCUUCAGAGCCCUGCUGGCUCAUCCGACUCUGCAUUUCCAUUGUUGUUCUGCCCAAGGAAGAUGCCUGUUCAGGUAGCGAUGCUGGCUCCACAGGAGGAAGCACCUAUGAGCCAUUCCCCUUGCGACUGGAGGCCUUACAGGUGUUGGCUCAUCUGGCAAGGGGCUACUUUUCAAUGACUCAGGUCUACUUGAUGGAGCUUGGAGAGGUGAUUUGCAAGUGCCUGGGGGAGGCAGAUCCGUCUGUCCAGCUUCAUGGAGCAAAGCUUCUGGAAGAACUGGGUACAGGCUUAAUACAACAGUAUAAACCAGAUUCUUCCAUAGCACCUGAUCAGAGAGUGCCACUCACCUUGGUGGUGAUGUUCUGGACUGUGAUGCUGAACGGUCCUUUACCCAGAGCCCUGCAGAAUUCAGAGCAUCCGACUCUGCAGGCGAGCGCCUGUGAUGCCCUGUCUUCCAUCUUGCCGGAAGCCUUCAGCAAUCUGCUGAGUGACAGGCAGAUCCUGUGCAUCACCAUGCUGCUGGGGCUGAACGACAGCAAGAACCGUUUAGUGAAAGCUGCGACCUCUCGGGCCCUUGGGGUCUACGUGCUUUUUCCUUGUCUCAGACAGGAUGUCAUAUUUGUUGCAGACACAGCAAAUGCAAUAUUGAUGUCACUUCAAGACAAGUCUCUUAAUGUCCGGGCCAAAGCAGCCUGGUCUCUAGGCAACCUGACAGACACUCUGAUUGUCAACAUGGAAACACCAGACCCAAGUUUCCAGGAAGAGUUCUCUGGCCUCCUGCUCUUGAAGAUGCUGCGAUCAGCUAUAGAGGCAUCCAAGGAUAAAGACAAGGUAAAAAGCAAUGCAGUCCGGGCCCUUGGAAAUUUGCUUCACUUUCUGCAACCGUCUCAUAUAGAAAAACCCAGAUUUGCUGAAAUCAUUGAGGAGGCUAUCCAGGCCCUAAUUUCUACUGUUCUAAUUGAGGCUGCCAUGAAAGUCCGAUGGAAUGCUUGUUACGCAAUGGGAAAUGUAUUUAAAAAUUCUGCUCUUCCCUUAGUCCUAGCCCACCCUGUCUCUCCCACUGCAUGCAGCUGUAGUGCCUGGACUCAAUGCAUGGAGCAGCUAUGUUGGAAAGGAAAGAAUAACAGGAAGAUCAGGGAAGGAAAGGAGAACUCCGAGUACCACCAAACUGGCAGUAAGUUUACUGUUUUUCCCACUCUGGUGUCUCCUGGCCUGGACUCCAAGCAGACAGAAUCCUGGACCUGCAUACCAUGAAGGCAGAAGGAGCUACCAGAGAAGCUGUCUAUUUCUGGUCCUAGGAUGGGGCAAGAGGGCUUAUGUAAGUCAGAGAGAGUCAGGGAGAUCCCUGUUUAUUGCUGCUUCUCAUCUCCCACUCCAGCCCCUUGGCAGUCCUACUGCAGCAGAGGCUGUCACAGCCAGGCAGGUGCCUAAAGCUUCAGGGAAGGGAACCCUUUUCUCUGACCAGAGGAAGUGGGGUCCCAACAGCAAGAGAGUGAUGCCCAUUGCUUUCUCUUGCUGUCUGGGUUUUCUCAUUUGACCUCUUGAUGUGAUAAUAUUUUGUUAAUAGAACUGUGACACCAGAGGGAAAUUCAAAACCGUGGGAAUGAAGGAAGAGCAACAGAAAUGAGAAAUAUUUGGAUAAAUAGACUAUUUUUCUCAUCUUAAGCUUUUUAUAACAUGUAUAAUCAGUUAAAACAAGACAUAACAUUGUCUGAUGGGGUCUUCAGUGAAUAUAGGUGUAAUACACAUGAAAGUUACCACAUAAAGAGGAAGUGUGAAGAGAUUUAUACGGUAGUAAGAUUUCUAUAUUUCACUUGAAUGAUAAAAUAUUAAUCCCAAACAACCUAUGAAAAGUUAAGUAUUUUGUAGUUGCUAGAGAAACCACAUGCACACACACACAAAUUACACAGAAGAUAUAUUUAAAAACUCAAUAGGUAAAGUGGAAUACUAAAAAAUAUUCAAAUAAUCCAAAAGAAGACAGGAAAAGAAAGACAGGAAUGAAAAACAUAGGGAACAAGUAGAAAACAAAAAAACAGUAGACCUAAAUCCAAACAUAUCAAUAGUUACAUUAAGUUUAAAAGGUCUAAGUAUACUAAUUAAAAGACAGAGAUUGUCAGAAUGUAAAAAUAUCCAAGACCCAGCUAUAUGCGUUUUAUAAGAAACCCAUUUAAAAUAAGUAGUAUAGGUUAAAAAUAAAAGGAGAAAGAAAAAUACACCAUGCAAAUACUAACCAAAAGAAAUUUGGAGUAGCUAUAUACUGUGAGACAAAAUAGACUUCAGAGCAAGAAAAUUUACCAGGAAUAAACAUGGAACUUGCAUAAUGAUAACAGUGUCAAGUCACAGAGAAGACCUAACAAUCCUAAAUGGAUAUGAACCUAACAACACAUCUUCAAAACACAUGAAGCAAAGACUGAUAGAACUGAAAGGAGAAAUGGCAAGUCAGCAACUAACAGUUGGAGACUUUUAACACUCCUUUCUCAGUAACCAAUAGGACAAAUAGACCAUAUUCUGGAUCAUGAAACAAAUCUGAACAGAUUUUUAAGAUUUGAAAUCAUACCAAGUAUGAUCUCUGACCAUAAUGAAAUUAAGCCAGAAAUCAAUCACCAGAACAUCUCUAAUUACUUGAAAUUAAAUAACAUACUUCUAAGUAUUCAAUAGGAGGUCGAAGGGGGAAGUCUCAAAGGAUAUUGGAAAAUGAGAACUUAGAAAAUACUUGAAACUGAACAAAAUGAAAAUAUAAUAGUAUUUGAUAUAUAACAUAUCAAAAUGUAUAGGUGCAGCUGAAGCAAAGCUUUGAUGGAAAUUUAUAAUAUUUGGUACUUAUUUUAAAGAAGAAAGGUUUCAAACAAUCACCUAAAUUUCAAAUUUAACUAGGAAAAUAAGAGAAAAACCUAGAGCAAGCAGAAAGAACAAAAUUAUGCUGAGUGGAAGAAGCCAUUCUCAAAAUGUUACAAACGAUGAUUCCAUUUACAUGACGUUAUGGAAAAGGCAAAACUUUAGGAAUGGAAGACCAAUCAGUGGUUUCCAGGGAUUGGGAUGGGGGCAGGAUUCGACUACAGGGAAGCAUGAGGGAGCUUUGGAGGGAUGACGGAACUGUUUGGAGUCCUGACUGUGGUGGUAGUUACAUAAAUCUAUGCACGUGGCAGAACCCACAGUACAGAAUACUCCCCCAAACGUCUAUCAUUUAAAAAAUCUCUCUCACACACACACAUACACACACUCUCUUGAUCUCUCUUUCUCACGGUACAGACUGUAUCUUUGUACCAUUGGGUACACAUAGCCAACUGUGUGCCAGGUAUAGUAGCACUAAAUAUAUUUUUAAAAUAUAUUUUAAAAGAUGGGGGUUUAUCUUAUGCCUAAUUAUAACGGUAAUAAUCAACAUU